ACGACUACCGCUGCUCGUCCGCCCUUCCGCCCUCCCUCCCUACCUCUCUCUCCCCCCCUCCUUUCGUCUCCUCGCCUCCCUUUCCUGCCCAGUCAUGGCUAUGGCCGUCAGGUCGCAAACGCCGGUGCAGGACCCCUAUGGCACCCUCCCUCAACAUCCAGAUUCACUACUAAAUCGCGGAGCGUACGGCGCGCGCUCCAGUUCCCGACCCAACUCUUUCAUCGCCAGCACCUCCGGUUAUAACGUCACCAACGCCACCGACCCCGCCCCUCUCCCUUACACCGGUCGCUUCCACGAGGAGUUUGACGCUGCCAGCCAGCGCGGUUCCGUUUUUAUGGACGGUCCGUCGGGCGCUGGCAUGCAACGCUCCGCUUCACAAAUGUCACAGUCUCGUUCGGCAACUCCGACCCGAUCCGGCACUCUGCGGAAGAAGGCCUCCCUGAGUAAGAGAAGCAGCAUGCGUCGCAGCGGUAGCAAGAGAAGUUUGCGCGCGGGUAGUGUACGAAGUCUUGUCCUCGGAGACAAGGAGAAAUAUGGCGUCGACGGCGAGGAUCCGAAUAGCGCAUUUUAUAUUCCUGUUCCAACGGACGGAAGUCCGACCGAGGUGUUAGCCAACCGCUUCCAAUCAUGGCGCAAAAUCCUGAAGGAUCUCAUUAUUUUUUUCAAGGAGGUCCAGAAGUCGUAUGAAACACGCUCAAAACUAUUCAUGUCUGCAUCGAACAUCAUGAACAACACAUCGCUGCCACCGACAUUCCUCAAGUCGGGCGGUCUGGCGGAUGCGACCGAGAUCUUGCGCGAUUUCCACCGCCAGGGUUAUGUGGAAGCGACUAAGGCGGCCGAGGUGGAGAGCGAGGUUGUCACCCAGCUCAUGGGUCUCCGCAAUGAUCUGCAAAAGAAGACCAAGGAGAUCCGCAGCCUGUCGGGUGAUUUCCGCAACUCUGUCGACAAAGAAGUUGACGCCACCCGCAAGUCCAUUCGGCAUCUGCAUGAAGCCCUGGGUCUGGUGGACACCGACCCAUCCGCGACCUCCGGCAAAGGCGACCCUUUCAUUGUUCGGUUGAGCGUGGACAAGCAGAUCGAGAAGCAGAUCGAAGAAGAGAACUAUUUGCACCGGGCCUUCCUGAAUUUGGAGAAUUCCGGUCGCGAGCUCGAAUCUAUUGUGGUCAGUGAGAUUCAGAAGGCGUACAACGCCUAUGCCAGCAUUCUCAAACGGGAGGCGGAUGAAACCUACGACACUGUUGAGAAACUCCGCGCUGGCCCCAUCUCGAUGCCGCACGAUCACGAGUGGAACGCCUUCAUUGCGGAUACUGACGAAUUGGUUGAUCCGCGGGUGCCUCUCCGUGACGUUGAGAACAUCACCUAUCCAGGCAAGGACCACCCUGCCGCCGCAGAGGUCCGGUCGGGCAUGCUGGAGCGAAAGAGCAAGUACCUGAAGAGCUACACCCCCGGCUGGUAUGUUCUUUCGCCCACUCAUCUCCAUGAGUUCAAAUCCGCCGACCGCGUUGCAUGGCAACAACCGGUGAUGUCCUUGAACCUUUUGGACCAGAAAUUAGGGUCGCACUCGCAGCCCGACUCGACUUCCCACAAGUUCAUGCUUAAGGGAAGACAGACCGGAACCAUGCAUCGGGGUCACUCGUGGGUGUUCCGCGCGGAGUCACAUGAGACAAUGAUGGCCUGGUAUGAAGAUAUUGAGAGCCUCAUGACCAAAACCGGUGAGGCCCGCAAUGCGUACGUGAGACGCCAUGUUCGCACCGUCAGUGGUGCCAGUUUUCGAAACAGUAGCGAUGGAAUGGAUGAGGAUGAAGCCGACCGGACCCCCUACUCCGCCGAGUCGGCCGUCCUGCAUCAAGAGCGUCCCACCUCCCAGCCCCGUCAACCGGGCGGUCGCUUUCCCAGCGACGUCCAAAUCGACCGCCACUUAGAGGCGCCUCUAUCGCCCUCAAGCGGUGAAAGCUCCGGGGAUAGAGACCUUUUGGCCGCGGCCGGCUCCUUUUCCGACCCUCGUCCAUUCAGCAGCGCCAUGACGGACGGCGAGGUGAACGGAACUCACUUCCAAGAGAACCCCGAAUACCCCAGGCCAGUAGAACGGCACGACAGCUAUUACGGUACGUGGAUGGCAGCCGGAGAUCACAACCAGCAGCCUCAGCCAGCUCAGCCAGGCUAUGACAGGGGGUACCAGGACCGGGAAACCGGCGAUGCCGUCUUCGUGACCGGACUAGGCUCCACGAGCUCGCGGGAUCCGUCUCUGACCCGUCAACGCAACCGUGGCGAAAGCGCCUCAACAGCGCCCACGGCCACCAAUGGAACAGAAUUUACGCACAACACGCUACCGACGUCCAUCGACGAGCACGACGAGCCAGACGUGGAUAUCGCCGGGGUCGAGCUCGACGGUGCAGCCAAGCAACCCACGACAGCUGCCAUCGGUGCUGGGCCUGUGCAUGCUGGCCCGGCCGUUGGCACUGCGGCAACGGACAUGGCUGUCACACAGAAUGGCAGCGUCAAACGGCCCCCCGCACAAACCAAGAGCAGUGUCUCCACCCUUGAACUGCAAAUUCCCGGCCAUUACCCCCUUGCAAACAAUCUGAGCCCCUAAGCGCAGUCAAUCCAGGGAUUUGGCGUCGUCAGAGUGAUGGUGGUUGCCAUCAAUCUGAAAUGCCGCCAACUUGGGUGACCAUGAAACAAGAAAUCAUGCCACCCAAGAAAGC